UAAUGUAAGGCAAAAGUCUUGAGUUAUAAGUAAGCUUGAUUUGAUUUGGAUAUUCAUUUCAAUUUAGCGACAGAUUGGAACUUUUGAUCAAAUCAAGAUCACUCAUAAGAUUGUUAGUCUUGAUCAUCUUUAAAAUCAUCAAAAUGAACAAAUUGAUUCUGUUUAGUUUGUGCUUUUCCCUUGGAUUUGCUUCAUUAGAUGCUUCGGACAUGGUUUGUGAGAUAAAAUGUUUAUUUGAAUGCAUAUCGGAACCUGUGCCUUGUAAAACUGCCAACUGUCCUUGUCCUGCUUCCAAUUCAACGGGUAGUUCAGCAGCAACUCUGACCUCUGAUGAAAAAUCGAGCACCAAUUCAAGUGAAUCUUUAAUAGCUGAGGCGAAAUCUGACGAUUCAGAUUCAAUAUUUUCUCUUAAAACAUUGUCAUCUUUGUUUAGUAGCUUUGGAUCGAGCAAAAAUGUUCAGGCAAAUGAAACAUCUGGUGCAGAUGGGUCAUCUUACGACUACAGUCAACAUACUCAGAGUAACAAUCAAACCAAAUCAUCAGGUACCUUUGAUUACAGUCAAUACACUUCUGAUGGAUCACCUUCACUCCAAAAGACUGCAUCAACCAACAAAAGCUCAGAAGCUAAUUCAUCGGGUAGUUUCGACUACAGUGCCUACAAUACUGAACCAGCGACAAUUCCUCCCAAUCCAACUGGAAGCUACAAUUACAGCACUUAUUACGAACAGCCAAAGACCAUUCCAAAAGGCGGCGCAAAAUAAUCGUGAUAAUAAAACCUUGAAAAAUCCAGUUUAACUUGAAGUGGCUAGUCUAGACUCAGGAAGUCUUAAGGGCAAAACAAUAACAGUUCAUUUAAUCUGAAUUAAUAUAUUUGUUUCUUAUCUGAGUUUGUGAGUAAUUUUUGUAGGGUUCAAGGUUUAACUGAGCAUUUUGUAAAACAAUUAAAAUUAUUUUAAUUAUUUUCAUCCUUUAUGUAAAAGCCAACCUCAACUAUCAUUGAAAAUGAAAUUGUAUCAAAGUUGUAAUUAAAGAGCAGACAAACUGAAUUAUAAAAUAAAGAUACAUUGAGUUUAAGCAUUUAA